UUCCUCUAUGUGGAUGACAACUUUGGUUCCGAACGCCCGGGGCACGUGUUAUUCUAUGCCCCUUACGGUACCUGGUUGCCUGCCAGUCAGGCCCGUAUUCUCGAACUUUGGGACGAACUGGGCAUUCCGCAUGAAGAAAAGAAGCAGCUCUAUGGCACAUCGCUCCCCAUCAUCGGCUUUCUCGUGGACACCGCCGCAAUGUCCGCUACCAUGACUGCGGAAUCUCGAGACGCCUUAAUCGAGUUUAUUCAUGAGUUCACUUCACGACUUCAUCGCCGUUGUCUGCGCGACUUUCAACGUUUAGCCGGGUACGUCAAUUGGGCACUAAAUGUUUACCCUCUGCUCCGGCCGGGCCUCACCACCGCAUAUGACAAAACUCGAGGGAAACACCAUGCCUUCGCCAAAAUUUGGCUCAACAAGGCGCUCAUCACGGAGCUCAAUUGGCUCGUGACACAUCUAGCUCGAUCACAGGGCGUCUUCUUUUUUCGCUCCAUCUUCUGGGAU